AAUGAGAAUAGGCAGGCUUGUGGACAAAAAGUCUGAAUUUUGACCAUCUGCAACUCAUCACGUGAGUUUGGAAAGAAACCAAAACUCAUUUCAAAUUUCAAAUUCUUCAUUCUCAUCUGCUCUCUUCCCAAUUCACUUCUCUUUUAACCCUUGAGUUGUCACUUAUGACGACCGCCUCCGCAACCACCUUCUCCUCCGUCGCACCUACCACCUCCUCUUCACCAUCUCCGACACUCAAGUCAUUAUCACCAAACUUCUCCUCCGUUCUUCUCUUUUUUUUUUUACCUAAAGUCAUUAUCACCAAACUUCUCUUUCUCUCUUCCUGCAAGUUUACCCCAGAAGCCUCCUGUGCAUUUGCAGGUUUCCUCAAACAACUUAUCACAUUCAAAAUUCAAAUUCGUUAUCACCAAACCAAAUCUGAAAAACAAACACUUAGUGUGUAUACUUAUCUGAGAAGUCAAGAGAGGGGCAUGAGAGAUUAGAUGAAGAAGUGGGGGUCCGACCACCUGGUCACGGCGGCGCACGGCAGAGGAAGGGAGAGAGGGCGAGAUCGGGAGAAAGGGGGAAAGAACGGGAGUGAGAGAGACAGAUGCGGCAGAGUAGACUGUCGACAGUCAGGUUUCCGGCGACGAUACAAACGGCAGUUGUACGCUAAGCACAAAACCCUCUCAAUUUCUUCAAGAUCUGGUUAAAUCCACGUUAUUUUUCUUUUUUUCUUUUUUUUUUCUUCAAGAUUGGUUUCAGCCGGUACUCGUAAGUUGUUGAUCCGUUUUGUCCAAUUAAAUUAGGGCUCUUAAGAAUGUAUUAUAUCCUUCAUAUUUCGAUUUCUAAUUGUUAACAAAAAUUCCUUAAAAUGUAUGAACUAAAAGACGAAAUCUGCAAAUCAUGGUUUGCGCCCGUUGGGUCUGCUGGUGAUUAUCCACUUCUUUCCAAGUGGGUUAUAUAUGGAGAAUUUUCUUGUAGUGGUCCGUGCGAGUCAUCAGAUGAAAUAUCUCCUAUUUAUUCAUUAUGGGCAGCAUUUAUAGGCCUUUAUAUGGCUAAUUAUGUGGUGGAAAGAUCAACAGGAUGAGCUCUUACUCAUCCUCUAUCGGUCGAAAAAACCGAGAAGUUGAAGAACAAGCAGAUGAAACCCAACUUUCUCGAUAUGGUUCCUUGGUAUUCAGGGACAUCAGCUGAUUUAUUCAAGACCGUGUUUGACCUUGUAUCCGUGACUGUAUUUGUCGGAAGAUUUGAUAUGCGAAUGAUGCAGGUUCAACAUCUUUACAAGUGUCAUAUUGGGCUGAGGAAGGGUUCGACUUCGUUUGCUGAGGCUCGUGCUGCUGGUUUCAGUGAAGAGAAUGGGACUCUUGGAGAUAUAUAUGACGCUAUUUCUGUUAGUGAUUUGGUCAUGCUAUUGAUAUCUGAUUCAGGUCAGGCUGAUAAUUAUGAGAAAAUCUUCUCCCACAUGAAACCAAACAGCAUUCUUGGACUUUCACAUGGUUUCCUUCUUGGUCAUUUACAAUCAAUCGGUCUUCAUAUAAAUGACGGUUAACAUUCAAACCAAGAUUGAAGAAGAAAAGAAAUAGAAACUUCAAAGCUGCAACAAGAGCGAGGAACAUUACAUCCGGUUAAUUGCAUGUCAUAAGAAGUCAUAACAGAAACUGUGAUAACAAAACAUCCUUCGUGAUCGGAGUCAUUGGACUUCCAGACAAGGGCUUCAUAUAAAUGGUUAGUAUAAUGUACAUUAUGUGUUAUUUUAAUUUUUAUUUUAAAUAAAGAAUCAUCUUACUUUUAUUGAAAGUAUUCAGUAAUGACUUUUAUAGUGUAAAGCAGCAUUACUUGAUCUUUGCACCAGUUCAAUACAAGACGUUGUUGUGGUUAGCAAGAUGGUACAUGAAAGUUAUUUUGUUUUUAUUAAUGAUAAUUGUUCUUGCUAUAAAAAGACAAGUAUGAUGGUUUAAAAGUCCACUAUACAUCUGUUAAGAUGAAUAUGUAUCCUUUUUAAGCUACA